AACAUAUCUAAAUUGUUUGGUAUACAAUAUUAUGGCGUCUUUAAGCUAACUAGUUAUCUAGCUAACUAACUAGCAACUUGGUUAGCUAACGUUAGCUUUUCCAGUCUGUUUUCUCAUCAUGAAAGAAGCAUCUAGAGUUCUAGAGCUACCUUGUGGAGCUAUCUAGAGCUACCUUGUGGAAUGGCUAUGCGAAAUGCCAAUAUUUAUGCGUUGACAGCUUUGGAGUGGAUCACAGACCAACACUCUACCACCACAUUGGGUUUGGACUGCGAGGGACCGCCGUUGAUGACCCAAUCUGCACCCAUCGCAUCGUCCAUAAUAACAAGCAGGGCAGCCAGGAGGAUUGAGGAUAAGACGCGCCGUCGACUGUCUCUCCCCUCCUUGCUUCUCCCCAUGCCCCUCUCGUUAUAAAGCUGCAUUUCCGCGCUGUGAGUCCCUCCACACAGAACAGCCCAGAAGCGGCAGAGAGACGCACCAACACAUCUCACACGAGAGAGAGAGCGCGCAUCUGUUCUGUCCGCGUGGCUACAUACAGCAGGUGACUGGCUGAGCAUUUACAGAUAAACAUAAGAUAGACUUUGCUCCUCCUGAGCCAAAACAAUCAUAUUGUCUCCAUCAGACUGAGGGCUCAACCACAGAGUGAUUAGCAGACUCGGAGAGACGAUCACAGCGACUCUAACAUCUUGACGACCAAUCAGCCAACUGAGGAGGGUGUAGAAGGACUAUAACUGCCUGAUUACCCAGUCACCCUGUCCCCUCUACACCCCCUUUAGCUCCCUCUAGCCCCCCAUCAACUCCCAGGCUCUACUAGUAAGCUCCCUCUAACAUCCCCCAAAACGCUUAUUCCACCAUGACCAAUAACAGCAGCUCCUCUGACGUCUGGGAGAACUCUGAUUGGUCAGAGUCAGCCCAGUGUCCACCCUCGGUGAGUGGAGCCACCUUCCUCAUCGUGGCCUACAGCACGGUGAUCGCAGUAGGGUUGCUAGGCAAUGUGGGCCUGGUUUUCAUCAUCGGGCGGCAGAAGGAACUGCAUAAUGUCACCAACAUUCUAAUCGCCAACCUGUCCUGCUCCGACAUCUUGAUGUGUGUGGUGUGUUUACCUGUCACCGUCAUCUACACUCUGAUGGACCGCUGGGUACUGGGGGAGGCACUCUGCAAGGUCACUCCGUUUGUACAGUGUGUGUCAGUGACGGUGUCUAUUUUCUCACUGGUGUUGAUUGCGUUGGAGCGCCAUCAGUUGAUCCUGCACCCUACUGGCUGGUCCCCAGCAGCAGGCCACUCCUACCUGGCCGUAGGUCUCACCUGGUUGGUCGCCUGCUUCAUAUCACUCCCGUUCCUGUCCUACAACAUUCUGACCGACAACCCCUUCCAGAACCUCACCCUGCCUGCCAACCCCUUCAGAGACCAUGUGAUCUGUUUGGAGAAAUGGCCGACUGAAAGACACCGUCUGGCCUAUACCACCUCCCUGCUGCUGUUCCAGUACUGCCUCCCUCUGCUACUAGUGCUGCUCUGCUACCUCCGCAUAUUCCUACGCUUACGUCGACGCAGGGACGUAGUGGAGCGGAGCCGGAAGGCCCGAGGAGCCCAGAGGAUCAAUGCUAUGUUGGCGGCCAUCGUUGCCGCCUUCGCCCUCUGCUGGCUGCCGCUCAACGUGUUCAACACGAUAUUCGACUGGGACCACCAGGCGCUGCCCGCCUGCCAGCAUGAUGCUGUGUUCUCCGCCUGCCACCUCACCGCCAUGGCCUCCACAUGUGUCAACCCUGUGGUGUACGGUUUCCUGAACAGUAACUUCCAGAGGGAGUUGAAGGCCCAGCUGCAGCGCUGCCACUGUGGAUUGGGGGCGCCAGAGAGCUACGAGAAUUUCCCACUCUCCACCGUUGGCAGCGACGGGAUCACCAAGAUGUCGAUGCUGAACCGGGCAGGGUCAAUGAGCAUCGCUCCACCCCCACGGGCUGAGCCCAGUGUUAACAUAUGCAGCUAACAGCUAGCUGACAGAGCUAGUGGCUAAUGCUAAUGGCUAAGAGCUAAUGGACAUUGUGUAGUGUGUACAGCUGUCAGACACGAUGUAAACAACAAGGGUAAAGUUCAUAUCAAGCAAGCAGCUAACAGACAGAACGCCCCAAUGGACAGAACUAAUAGAGAUCCGCUAACGCUAAUAGAGAGAGAGAAAGUGGAACUAAGCAGCUGGACUGACUGUCAAAGACAGAGCUGGUUGGCCCCAGAUUUCCACCAGUCUAAUGUCCAUUGCUUGUGUUUCUUGGCCAAAGCAAGUCUCUUCUUCUUAUUGGUGUCCUUUAGUAGUGGUUUCCUUGCAGCAAUUUAACCAUAAAGGCCAGAUUCACAC